AUGUCUUCCACCGGCGGAGGAUGGGCGCAACUGCGCCAGCAAGCACGUGCUCUUGAGCAACAGACAGAGACACUCUUCCAUACAUACUCGCAAUUCGCAUCAGCACCCAGCAUACCGCAAAAGCCCUCCGAAGACGAACUACGGACCGAAACAAACCUGCAAGAGCUGCUCGAGAAGAGAGAAGCACUUGUUGGCCAGCUAUCGAGACUGCUAGACUCCGAGUCGUCUUCCUCCGCUGUAAAGCUGAACAACCUCGCUCGACACCGCGAGAUCCUCUCAGACCACCGCCGCGAGCUCUCUCGUAUUAGAUCCACCAUCACCGAUGCGCGUAACCGAGCGAACCUCCUCUCCAAUGUCAGAGACGAUAUCGACCAGUACCGCUCUGCGAAUCCAGAGGCCGACUACAUGCUAGACGAGCGAAGUCGCAUUGAUAACUCGCACAAUGUAGCCGACUCGGUGCUCAGUCAAGCCUACGCUGUCAACGAGAACUUCAGAGUGCAGAGGGAGACGUUGACAAGCAUCCAAAGGAGAAUAGUAGGCGCUGCAAGCCAAGUACCAGGCAUCAAUAGCCUGAUGGCCAGGAUUGGAUCGAAGAAGAGGAGAGACGGUAUUAUCUUGGGAAGCUUUAUCGCGUUCUGCUUUCUGAUGCUUCUAUGGUUCUGGUAA